AUGAUGGCACAGGCGUACCCUCACCCGGUGCAGCUGAAUGCCGUACCCCAACACGCAGUUCAACCACAGAUGCACGCUGGUCCUCCUGGACAGCCUACCGCCGUUGCCAUGCAACAUCUAAAUCCACAUCAGGGCCUUGCUCCCGGCAUGGCCCCUCAGUUAUUACAGGGACAACAGUUCGCUCCAAGUCAUCCAGGCAUGAAUCCUGGGUUCCCCGGCACGCCAGUUAAUACCGGCGCUAUGCCAGCGCAUUUACAACAACAACUACAUCAACAGCGGAUUAUAUCACAGCAGCAGCAGCAGCAUAUGAUGCACCAAGCCGCUCAGCAGAACGCAGCCCUCAAUAUACAGCAGCAACAUCAGCAGCAGGCCCAUAUGCAACAGCAACUACAAGCCGCACAAAUCCAACAGGCCGCACAAUUACAGGCAGUUCAUCUACAGCAACAGCACGUACAGCAACAGCAACAACAGGCCCAGGCGGCUCAAGCCCAGGCUCAAGCUCAAGCUCAGGCGGCCCAGGCACAAGCCGCGCAGGCCCAGGUUCAAGCGCAACAGCAGCAGCAGCAGCAGCAGCAACAGGCACAACAGCAGCAACAGCAGCAACAGCAGCAACAGUCGCAGCCAAAUUCUCAACAACCUACCCCGCAGCAGACAAUGCAAACCCUCCAGCAGGCACAGCAGCAGGCACAGCAGCAGGCACAACAGCAGCAGCAGGCGGCACAACAAGCAACAGCAGCAGCGCAGCAACAGCAGCAGCAACAGCAGCAGCAGCAGAAUCAGCAAAACCAGCAGCAGCAACCAACGCCUCAGCAGACCCCUCAACCGAAUCAGGCCACCCCCCAAGCUCAGGUGGUCGCUCAGAAUGCCCACCAACAACACCAGCAACAACAACACAAUAUGGCGCUAGCCGCCGCCGCCGCUCAGCAACAUGCCCAGCAGCAGCAGCAGCAGCAGCAGGCGGCAUUAAUGCGACCUCAACAGUAUGUUGCUGCACAAUAUGGACCUAUCGCGAAUCUACUAACACCGUCUACCAGGAAAAUUGGCAACGGCGUUCUAAAACUGCUGCAGUUCUGCGAGCACCUGAGCUCAGCGGAAGGCAACAAGCGGGAUUUGAACCAUUGGCGAAAAUUUGUUAACGAGUUUUACUCUCAUUCCGGCGUUAUGCGACAUAAUUUAUGGCGAUCCAAAACCAGAGAAACUAAGCGAUUCGAAAUAACAACCCCCGUACUUGCACGGUACUAUUACUCGUUGUAUGAAUAUGGGAUCAAGAAUAUCCAGCUGGUAAUGGAGAACGCACGAGAACGAGAAAUGAGCGGGCAGACUGUCGUCGAGAGCCAGAAGACGAGCUUCGUUUACUGGUUCGAGAAUGGCACACAAGUUGUCGCGCACGGAACGCUCCGAGCCCAGUUGAACGUCGCAGCACAAAUCGAUUGUUUGGAAUUCGAUACUGCCGAGCAUACCGAAUACAUCCCUCGAUUUAUCCUCACAAACCGAUCGUUAACGAGCUCGCCCGACCAGAAGGCUUCUCCGAGAGUAAAUGCGAAGGGACUGGGGAAGAGGCAGCACCAGCAACUACCACCCCCACCGCCUCCGUUACCAGACAGUCCGAUUGGUGAAUGGGGUGUCCCCGACCAAGUCUUCAAGCUGUUAGAGCUAGGAGAAACAUUGUCGAGUAUGCGGGACCUGUUCGUGUUCUCGCAACAGAACCCAAGUCUGGAACCCAGGCAGGUCUUGCAGGCAUACGUCCAACAAUUUCAAAACCAGCAACUAGCCCACCAGCAGAACCUAGCCCAUGCUCAGGCUCAGCAGGCAAAUGCUCAGGCUCAGGCUCAGGCCCAGGCUCAGGCCCAGGCUCAGGCCCAGGCGCAUGCGCAUGCGCAGGCGCACAUGCAGCAGCAGCAGCAGCUAUUAGGGAUGGGGACACCGCAUAUGCAACAUGCAGUCCCUCCAGGAAUCCAGGGAUCGCCGGCGAUGCCCAACUCGCCCCACCUCUCCCAGAACGGUAUCCCCGGAGCCACACCAUCCCCAGCACAGGCUCAUUUGCAAGCCCCUGGAAUGGUAGCUCAACAUUCUCAACAGCAUCACGGAGCUAAUGGCGUCAACGGCGCAACACCGGUUAAUCCUAAUACUAGCCCAAACGUCACGGGGAAGCGCAGGAGAGCCAGCACGGCCGGCGUUAAGACCGAGGCCCAAGAUGAUGGCGACUCCGUGCCCCCACCCCCGAAGGUUAAGGCAAGUCCAAGGACCGGUAAUGCGAACAAACGACAGAAGCAGGCAUCAUGA